AUGGCUGCCGGCGGCGGUCGCAAGGGCCCUCGUACGAAGCUCGAGGAUCUGGACUACCAGAAGCUCGACGACCCCGUGGACGAAGGCCCGUGGCACGACGGGCCUCUCUUGGUAGCGUGGGGGGCCGAAGAGAUGUACAAGCCCACGAAGAAGUCCGGGACGAUCGGCCAGAAGGGUCACUCGGUUUGCCCUUGGUUCUUGAAGAAGAGGUGGUACGACUUGGAGGCCACUCAGGCCACCGUCGACGUUCGUGGGGUUUGGCCUUCCGACUUGAAGACCCGAGCUGCGAGUCCACCGGGCUGUCCGUUGGCCGUUUACGGUGCCUGGAAGGCCGCUCGAGAUCAGCCGGAGUUCGUCGCGGCGUUCCUCAUGCUGUGUGCGAUGCUCGAUGCCCUGCUGCCUCUCGAAGGUCGUUCGGUGCUUCAGAUCAUCUGCUCCCACGGCAAGAACCGCUCGGCGUCGCUCGGCGUGGCUUUGUCGGCGGUCUACUCUUUGCCGAUCUGGUUGCCGACUUUCGGGGACUUGCACACCGAAUGGUGGGCGGUCGCUCGCCUUCCCGAUGAGGACGUCGACGACCUCAAGCGGCUGAUCGCUGAGAGCCGGCUCAGUCGUCGAGGGCCGUUCGGAGGCGGUGGUCGUUCGUCGGGGUCGGCCGACGGCGAUGGCACUGGCCCUGGCGAUGGGCCGCCCGGGAAGGUCCACGUGGAGGCCGAUUACGGUCUGGGGCGGUUCGACCCGAAGGACAUCGAGCACCUGAUGCCGUCUCUCGGGAACCCGGUUGUCGAUGCAGUUCGCUGGGAGGUCUGGCGGGUCGCUCCAUCGGUGCUUCUGGAAUUGGAUUCCAUGAACCUGGACAAUGCCUGCAUGCGGUCGGUCGCGAACCUCGCUGGACAUUCGGAUGACGGAGCACGAUUCGUGCGUGAGCUCUUUUCCAUCUUUCAGCGAACUGAUGCGGACGUUCGGACCUACCGGAACCCGUCUGCGGCCAUCACCUCGGCCGUUCGCAAGGAGAUGGACCGGCUCAGGCCCGACAUCGAAAGGGGCCGCUCGGUGUUAUUAAGCUUUGCUUGA